AUGAGGGGUAGGAGAGAGUCAUCAAAUUGCCGUCUAAGGGGGAAGAUUGACUCCAAUGGCUGCACUGCUGCUUUUUUGGAAGAGAGAUUGAAUAUGGGUCUUAAUUUUAUUCUGUCGGCUGAGGUAAGAAUCUUUUUAUUCGUAGAUAAAGGAGCAACAUUUCUUGAAAUUUUAAUUGUUGCAGAUAGAUCACGGGAAGAAGGACUACAAAUUUGGGGUUGGGUUGACGGUGGGAGAAUAAAAGAGAACCUUCUAUGCUGCCUUCAGUUUAUUUAA